UUAGUUUGUUUCCAUGGUCAUACUGAACAUAAAUGACUUAUUUAUGUUAUUAAAGACUGUUUCGGGGCAAAAGGUAAAUAAUUCAGCCGUGUGAUAUGACGUCCAUAGCAGGAGGCCACGGCGAGGCAAAUCCGAACAGCUCCUGGCUCAGUGCCCGUGGAUUCUGGCUGGCCUACCUGCUGGGCCUGCUGUCGGUGCACCUGCUCUUCUUAUCAGUGCCCUUCGUCAGCAUUCCGUGGGCUUGGACGGCCACCAAUCUUCUCCACAAUGCGGCCCACCUCUACUUCCUGCACGUCAUCAAGGGCGCUCCUUGGCUGAGCACAGAGAAUGACCCCAGCCGGCGAUGGACACACUGGGAGCAGAUCGACGACGGCGUCCAGAUGACCACCACCCGCAAGUUCCUCACCGCCGUUCCAAUCGUGCUUUUCCUACUUACUUGCUUGUACACCCGAAACAACACAGAACACUUCAUAGCGAACUUUAUAUCCCUUGUAAUAGUCACGCUACCCAAGUUGCCGCAGUUUCAUGGCGUUCGAUUGUUCAACAUUAACAAAUACUAGGAGCUGUAACAUCUGAUUGGAUUUAUUCGCCUUGAAGAAAAUGUAUAUAACUAUAAUGCUGGCUAUUGUACUCAAUUUGUAAAUCAUGUAAAUAUUCCUAAAUAAAAAAAACCUGCAGAUUAAAAAUA